GUAUUUCUUAUUAAUCUCCCUGUCACCCAAUGCUUUUUUUCUUUCUCGCAUAUUGUGGAACAAUGGCGUUUUUGCUCACCAAAACCUCUCUUGCGUCUCACUUCCGAUCUCAAUCUCAGGUGGAUCCUUCGUCACCCUCGCGCCGUGGAUUCCACAUCGAACCAGGGACUCGUGAAAAGGCUUUAUUAGCUGAGGACCCUUCUCUAAGGCGGUUCAGAUCACACAAGAAAGGUGUCGCUCGAAUCAAAAAAAUUGGAGAUGUUCUGACAAUCGUAGUUGUUGCAGGAUGUUGCUAUGAAAUCUAUGUGAAAGCAACCAUGCGAGAAGAAGCUCGGCAGGCAAAGGCAGCUAGCGAAAGUACAUGAUGGAAUUUGUAUCCAGUGACUAAUAAAAUGUCUCACAAAGGUUUUUAAUGCUUUCAGCUAAAUAAAGGUUUUGAAGCACCAGUUCUAUUUCCCCCA